UUUGACGUCUACAGGAAAAAAUCCCUAACCGGAGCGGAGAUCACACGCCACAGCAUACUCGUUUUGUUUUCCUUUCCGUUUCGUCGCCCGGCAGCCGGUUUUGCCGUCGGAUUUAAUCGACAGCAUAAUUUUUCCGCAACGAGCACACGCGAUAACGAGCAAGCGUUUCUACGACGCCUAACACGAUGUUCCGGACAGCACUGGUGGCGGCCCUCAUAUGUGGCCUUGGCGUACACCUGGUACAGUCGCACCCCGGAUCGAAAUCGCAGGUUAUCGAACUGGACGAAUCCAACUGGGACCGAAUGCUAACGGACGAGUGGUUGGUGGAGUUCUAUGCACCAUGGUGUCCGGCCUGCAAAAGUUUGGCCCCCAUCUGGGAUGACCUUUCAACGUGGUCGGACGAUUUGAACAUCAAAACGGCGAAGGUGGAUGUGACGUCAUCACCGGGUUUAAGUGGCAGAUUUUUCGUCACCGCCCUGCCAACGAUUUUCCACGUAAUCAACGGUGAAUUCCGCCAGUACAAGGGACCACGCGACAUGAACUCGUUCAUGUCGUUCAUAGAGGAAAAGAAGUGGGAAACGUUGGAGCAGGUAUCGGCCUGGCGCAAUCCCGACUCGAUCCAAAUGUCGCUCGUUUCGCUGUUCUUCAAGCUUUCACACUUCCUGAAAGAGUUGAAUACGAUGCUGCUGAAGGAAUACGGUAUGCCCGUAUGGGGAUCCUACACUCUGUUCGGAAUCGGUACGGUACUGCUCGGCGCCAUCUUUGGGCUGAUACUGGUAUGUAUUAUCGACUGUCUGUUUCCACCCAAAUCUGGCCAGCGGCAAAGCUUCUCCGAGCACAAGCAGAAGGUGCGGGCCGAAAAGGUACCGGAAGAGUUGCGCGGUGACGAGCUGGUGGAUGAGGAUGAGGAAAAGCGAACUGCCGACGAUGAUGGCGAGUACGACGAUGAGGAAGAAAAUGGCGAAGCGGAGGAAAAGGAAACUUCCGAGGGUGAGAAAUUCUCUGGUAGCGACGAUUCGGACGAUGAGGUACCGACGGUCGCCCCUACGGAAGAGAACCAACAGGAUUCGGAUAAGAAACCGCAUCCCGAACCGGUCGCGGAAGAGAAGAAGGAAAAGACUACCACCAGCCCAGACGUGAGAAAACGCAAGCCAAGAAAGGCAGACUAAGGCAGGAAUUCGUUUUCAAUUUCUAACGUUUCGUUCUAAGCGAUUCUAAGAUGCGGAGUUGUGUUUGCCUAAUUGUAAGAGGCAAAUGCCUCUUAUGCAAAGUGUUUUUGUUCUAUGUUGCUGACGUCUCUGUGUAGCACCGGUUUGGCGGUGCGCGGUUGGUUAUUUCACGAAUAGCUUGAGCAGGUAACACUUUCAGGAUCUGUGCUGCUCAAGCAAAUUGGCCGACCGUUUUUUGGUGGUCAAACACAUGAACGAACGUUCGUGUGAAUGUGUUUUUUGCAUUUAGCUUUGCAUCAAUACUUUCCAAUACUUUCUACAUUCGUUUUUUUUCCUUCAUUCUAUACAAUUUUGCCAACUUACUUUCCCGUCUUUUUAACGAUUUUGUUUUUGCUUAACUUAGUUUGUGUACAUUUAAUAUAGCUGAUUCUACUUACAAUACGAUAGGUUUGUGUAUUCCUAGUUGGCAGUCGCGUACAUUUUGCGUUGAUUAUUCUACGCAAGACUCUAAAACUACGCUCGAUCACGUUUGAUAUGCACUUCUGACAGAGCGGAAUAAACGAAAUCUCAUACAAUUCGUUCAUGCAUGCAAUAUAGGAAGAAUCGUUUUAUAUUGACACCAUACUCAAACCAGGUCAAACGAACUAAACCAUAGCAGCAUCUAGCCCAAACGCAUGUGUAUGUAAGAACCAGCUUGCUCUCAAGCUAGUUAAAAAGGGCAAAAAUUAAUGAUUUCUAUCUACAUUUUCUGGUUUGGUUGAGUAAAAUUUUAACGCGAUCUGUGAAUACACCUAAUACUGAUAACUUAGUGUUCGUUAUCCUUGUUCAUCUUGGACUGGCGUGGAUGAAAAGGACAAUUUGCCGAAGCGUCAAAGCGCACGAAAGAAAUGUAACUUAAAUUCAUCACGAGAUUUUUUUCGAAAUAAAGUCACGAUUUGCUAGUGAUAAGUGGAA